AUGUUGACUGAAAACAAUUUUCAUCAUCAUAAUGGAGGUUCUGUAAUUCAUCAACAUCGUACCCAUUAUGCUCCUUAUCAACAUCCAUCAUAUAUAGGAAAAGUUUCUCAACAACAACAACAUCAACAACAAUCAGAAUUACAAAUACCUAAAUUUGAUUUACAUCAUGCUGUUCGAACAAAUGAUGUUACCGGUAUAAUUCGUUUACAUGGUCGUCUUCGGCAACAGCCAACAGUAGCUGAUGCAUGUUUACUUGAUUCAAAUGGACAUACACCACUUUAUACAGCUAUCGAUAAUGGAAGACUUGCUAUGGUUGAUCUUCUUCUUCAUCUCGGUCAUAAUCCAUAUUGCAUUUCAGUAGCUCGUGAAUCUGCAUUAAAUGUUGCUAUAGGUUAUGGUCGUUUAGAUAUAAUUGAAUAUCUCUUAUCACGUGGUUUUCCUGUUGAUUAUGCUGGAUUUGAAAAUAAAACUCCAUUAGAACGAGCUAUUGAAUGUAAUCAAGGUUCUGUUGUUGUUAUGUUACUUAAACGUGGUGUCGAUUGGCGACAUUAUGAAGAACGACGUAAAACAGGCGAUAAGUCACUUGUUGAAUGGGCAUUAGCAAAUGAACAUCCUCAAGUUUUAGGUGUACUUAUUGAUGAAUAUGGUGAUGAUGAAUCGAUAUUUAAUCAAAUCGGUAUGAUGUAA